GCACGCACAAGUCUAGUCGAAUUGUGUGACACGUAUUCGUAUGGUUGAACCUUUUGAGACGAAAGUCACCUGAAAAUGUAUGUAAUUCGAUUUUUUGCCAGCUUUCCAUGGAUGCAGUCGACCGAUUUGUGACGAGCUAGGGUUAAUUCGAGUUUUUGAGGAGCAAGUCUCUCCAAAAUGGACCGGGGAACCCGAAAAGAUCUCUUGGAGACCAUCGAGAAACAGAAGGAACAGUUGAGCAGAUAUGAGAGUCGCUUACGAGACAUCGUCCAUGCCUACAAGAAUCUCAGCAAAGAGAAAGAAGCUUUGGAAGCCAGUGUACAAGCCCUGAGUGCCACUUCCCCUCAGAGACCCUUGAGCACAACCCAGAGCAUCAAGCCCCAGGGGCAGAGGAGUGACCAAGAGGACGCAGGGAAAGAUGAGCAAAAUGAAUCUGCUGACACCGCCACCGGAAAAGAGGAUGCAUCUGACUCAGAAUCCACUGAGACGGAAGGAAACGCAAACUACCACCAACUCAAGGAGCAACUCAGCACACUUACCGCUGCCCUAGCAACCGUAACUGCCCAAAAGUCCAAGAUGGAGGCUAGUUUCCAAGCCGAUAAAAAGAAACUGCGUCAAGAAUUUGAGGAGACUCUGAAACAACAUCAAGAAGGCAAGGAACAGUUUGAGAAGGCGAGAGAUUUAUUACAGGAGCAACUCAGUGAGGCAAGGACAAAAUCUAGGCUACAACAACAGGAACGAGAACAAGAGCAUGUGGACCAUGCUGUGAUGAUCAGAGAGCUGCAGGGGCUACUAGCCCAGGAACGGAACGACAAAGAACGACUAGAGACUAAACUUGUAGAUCUAGAGGAUGGACUUGCUAUUGCAAAGUCACAACCUGACAAAACGGCAGCAUAUGAGGAACACGUCAAGAAUCUCAACCGAGAUCUUGACGCGGUCCGGAGCCAGCUUAGAGCGGCUGAGCAGAAGGCAUCAAGACCCUCACCACUACUGGUCCAGCUACAGAAAGAAAUGGCUGAAAUGAAGGCCCAACACAGGAUACAAGUAGAAGUAGAGCAGCAGAAAGCCAAGGAAUCCAAGGAGGUCUUGAAACAGCUCCGAGAAGCGGAAGAAGAGAGAGUAGCCACCCUAGAGAGCAAACUAGCUGAGUUAUCAGAGGUGGUUGGAAAUUAUGACAGGGUUAAGCAACAAGGCCAACAGGCUGUGAUGAGACUAAAAGAACGUAUCACACAACUAGACCUGGAAAACACCGCCCUCGCUAAGGCAGUGAACAAAGCUCAAACCAGCCAAUCAGAGGAGAUUGUCAACCCUGAUGCCACAGUGUCUGAACUGACCGAGAAAAUCAUGAAGCUAAAAGGUCUGCUGAAACUAGCUAGUCAGAAGUCGGAGAAACCUGUCGAUAUCGACGACCUUUGUAAUAUUGAAGACCACACCAGUCUAGAAAUCCACCCCGACCAUCGAAGUUGCCAACAAGAGCUGAAACAACUCAAAGAUGAGUUUGAGCGAUACAAGUUGAGAGCGCAGGGUGUGCUGAAGAACAAAUCAGUCAAGGACACCUCCAGUAACAAGGAGAUUGAAGCCUUACAGUCCCAAAUUACUGAAAUGAGGGAUCGCAUUUCUGUCUUGAGACAACAACUUGAUGACGAAGAAGCUAACCACAAACAAACGGUCACUAACUACGAGGAUAAGAUCUUCACACUAAAGGAGCAGCAUCGCUCGGCGUUAAGCCAGGCUGAAUCUGAAUACAAGCAACGCGCAGCCGAUAUGGAGCAACAGAUUCACAGGCAACGAGACCGCACCAUGGCGCUCCUGGCAGAAAAAGCUCAAGAGAUUGACAUGCUGAGACAACAAGUCCAUAAUCGUUACGGUGGACCUGCCACCAUGCAGGGCGAUUUCAGCCUCCGCAGACAGUCUUCAGGCGAUGUUUUCCAGGAAAGUGAUGAGCAACCAAAAUCUGAGGCUGAUGAAACGGUAUCGCAACUCCAAGUUUCCAUGGUUCAAAGCAACAACCCUUCCUUGCUCCACUUUGCCGAAGAGCGGGCACGGCGUGAGGUGGAACUCGCCAGCAUCAAGAAACAGAAGCAGCAGCUAGAGGGUGCCCUUCGUCAGCUGCAGGAAAAGCAUGCGAUGGCAGCACAAAUGCAUGAGGAAGAACUGGAUCAGUUGAGGGAGGAAGCUGAAAGAUGGAAGAGAAACAGGUCGCGGGAAGGAACCAAUUUGGAAUAUCUGAAGAACGUUGUGCUGUGCUACUUCCAGACAGAGAGUCAUUCCAAGAGACAACAGAUGUUUAACGCCAUAGCAACCAUACUUCAAUUUACCAGAAAAGAGAAAGAGGGCGUCUUGAAGAAACAAGGAGCAUCAUGGUGGGGCUACGGACAAACUUGACCACACCAGUUUUAAAAAUGUAUAUUUUUUUAAACCUUUUAAUCUUAAAAUGCGACACAUUGUAUACCAAAUCUAUAUUGACAGUUUGGAUAAAUGAGGGCGCUGUUUAAUGCAUUAAGGAUAUGUACAUAGCUAGUGGACAUGUACAUUAAUGUGUAAGCCAUGUCUGGCCUCUGUAGGCCAUUCAAGUGGAUAACAUGAAUUCUUUUGUGUCUUUGUCAGUCUUUGUUCUGUUACCUGGGCUGGUCAAAGGACUUGUGAAAGGGCUUGCGAGAGACAUUAGCAAAGUUUGUUGACAUUGCUAAUGAUGCUAGUUUGUACCAAGCGACAAGGACAGAGUUGUUUGGAAUGCACAUGUUUUUGUCAUGAAAAUUUUGUUGCAUCUUCAUUUACUGGACACUUACAAACAUGAAGGACUGUCUGGUGUCCA